GACAUAAACUAGAUUCCGAUUGGUUCCCUCCUUCCCCCACGCUGACCAUUUCCUCCCAUGCGUCCAUGGUCACAUACAGGUGAUACAGGUCGAUGAGAUGCAGAAUCCUAGUUAACAGUUUGUGAAUUAUGUGACUGGAAGUUGGAGCUGCUCUUUGCCAUUCUUCUGAAGCAUGAAGCCUGAGAAGGUUUCUAAUUACUGUUUGGAAGUUUUCCUGAUCCAUUUGGCAGUUAUAUUUUCAACGCAAAAUCUUGUCCAUGGUCAGUGUUUUGGUGGAACAGAAACAUACGAAAAGACAACAGGAGUAAAAUUUGUAUUCGGUACAACACAAGGCAUCCUUACACAACCAGGAACUGGUAUUACAAGAGACUGCACUGCUAUAUGUCGUCAAACUCCAACUUGUGCUGCGUUUACAGUUGAUUAUGAGAAUUCAAGAUGUCAGUCAUAUAACAUGGAUUCAGCAGGCCACCGGAAUAGUCUUCAUGAAAAAAUUGGAAGUAAUUACUUUGAAAAAAUAUGUCUUCGUGGAGUUUCAAAUCUGAAUACCAUGUGCGGAGAUCGUUUAUGGGCGUUUGAAAGAGUUGUGGGUGCUUUCCUAGAAGACUUUGAUGACCGUGAAGAAAGAAAUGUACAAACGAAAACUGAAUGUGAAAAAUUAUGUCUCUUUGAAACAAGUUUUACAUGCAGGUCAGCCGAAUUCGAUGAAUCAUUAAGUUUAUGUCGACUGAGUCGAGAAGACCGGCGAAGUCAGCCGGCUGCUUUCCGUCGUCAGCCGGGAAGUACCGUAGACUAUCUAGAAAACCAGUGUGUGAGGUCCCUGCCAGAUUGUCGCUACAACGUAAGAGAAGGGAGUGCAGUUAUAUCAAUGGACGAACUUCAGUUUGCUGCAAGUCAAGGGGAAUGUGAAGCGUUAUGUGACCAGGCAAGAGGAUUCACUUGUCGUGCAUUCACUUACGCGAUGGAUGAAAAGCGCUGUUAUCUGAGUGGCGAUGACUCCGUUUCACUUAGCAGUGCCCCACUAGUAGUCAAACGGGAUGCUGUCUACGCCGAGAAGCAGUGCAGCAUAAGUCAGUGUGAAGACGGACUCUUCACUUUUGAGAAGGUGACUGGUCACUUUCUCCGCAGCGCUCAACAAGUUGGUCUGGCUAUGGCUGCUUCUCCUGGGGUAACACUGGAAUGUGGGGCCCGGUGCCUUGAAGCAGGGUCAGAUUGUCCUGCCUUUACUCUGGAUUACAAUUCAAUGAAGUGUUUCAAACUGGAUCGUAACACGCAGGGCCGUGGUAGCGAACUUUCCGCCAGGGAAGGGCAGAGCUACUUUGAAAAGAUAUGCCUCAGAGGCAAUGUUCGUGGAUGUGAGGGCAGAGCUUGGGCAUUUGACCGGCGGCCAGGUAAAGAACUUCGUGGGUUUGAUGAUUUGAAGUUGCCGUUGGUGCAGAGUCGCAGAGACUGCAUGGAGGAAUGCUUAGCUCAACGUCGCUUUGACUGCCGUUCGGCGGAAUAUGACACGCAGACGGCUGAGUGUCGCCUCAGCAGUGAAGACCGCCGGACUCGCCCCGGUGAUUAUGUGGAUGCACCGCCAACAGUUGAAUAUUUAGAAAAUCAGUGUUUAGCAGCUGAUGCAAGAUGCAACUUCAAGUCAGUUCCCAACUCAUAUCCACGUUAUCUGGAUAUUGUUCUGUCUCUCGUAAGCGAUGAGAUGGACUGCGAGAGGCGAUGCUUUGAGUAUUCUGACUUCAUAUGCCGUUCCUUCUCAUAUUAUCCUAGCGGAAGUCAGUGCUUUAUCAGUGGCGAUGAUAGAGCGUCGGCAGGCAACGAAGCACUGAUGUCUCGGCCAGGCACCAACUACUAUGAGCGCAACUGCAAUGUCGGAGGGGGUCCGGGACCGGGCACUUCGAGCCCUGACAACCUGCAAGGUACACUGUUCAGCCGUACGGACACAGCGCCCAGUCGUUGUGGUGCGGGCAGAGCCGAGUUCGAGAAGGUGACAGGCUAUGAACUUCAAGGUCAACGAGAGUACCCCCUGCUGAGGGGACAUAAUCCUGGGCUUGCAGUUCAGUGUUCCAACCAAUGCAAGAGUGAUCCGCGUUGCCACGGAUUCAAUAUGAACUAUAAACUCAAUGACUGUACUGCUCUGGAGGGAGAUGCUGACCCAACAAGAAUCGACAUUCGUCAAGUGCCUGGCAUUGCUUAUUUUGAAGGAAUCUGUCUACGAGGAGUCGGAUGUGGCAUGUCCUGGACGUUCGAACGUCACGUAAAUCACGAGCUGAGGGGUUUCACAAAUGCUCAUUAUGUAACCGGUAGCAAAACUGAGUGUGAAGACCGCUGUCUGAAUGAAAGGUCAUUCACCUGCAGGUCGGCCAGUUACAAUUAUCGGAGACAGGAGUGUCGUCUGAGUUCGGAAGAUCGUUUUACUCAGCCGAAAGCAUUUGAAACAUCUUUGGAUUCAGAUUACCUAGAAAACCAGUGCGCUUCGCCUGUCGGCAGGUGUGCGUACAGAAAUUUCCAGCGGGAUCGCCAGUUAAUCUACACUGAUAAGUCUCUGUCAGCUUUCAGCGACUCUAGCUGUCAACAUGCAUGUGACGUAGAAAGAGAGUUUGUGUGCCGAUCUUACACAUUUUUGAGUACGGUUGGAAGUAACACAAAUCAGUGCUUGCUAAGUGCAUCAGUGGCUUCUGGAACAGAAAAUGCCUUUAAACUUCAGAAUGGAGCUCUGUAUGCAGAGAAAGAAUGUGGGACCCUUCGUCCACCCGAUUCAGUUCCAUUCCCUGGAAGACCCUACCCUCCUGAACCUGGAAGACCCUACCCUACUGAACCUGGAAGACCCUACCCUUCUGAACCUGGAAGACCCUACCCUUCUGAACCUGGAAGACCCUACCCUCCUGAACCUGGAAGACCCUACCCUCCUGACCCGGGUUCACGGUAUCCCUCUGGCACAGAUCCAGAUGGUGUUCUGUCCCCAUACCCUUGUCGUUACACACUAACGUAUGAGAAGGUUGCGGGUGCUACUUAUGGAAGUACACACAGGGAACCAAUUAGGACAAGAGGAGAUAUUGGGAUCAGUGGGGAGUGUUUGAUACAGUGUGCGCAAAUGAGACAUCGCUGUCUUGCUGUUUCUAUCGAAAAUGUGCGAGGAGGUCGCCAGAGGUGUUAUUCUAUUGAGCGGUCAGCAGACUCGGAUGGCGGCGCACUUGUCUCAGCUCCUGAGCUUGCAUAUUUUCAGAAAAUAUGCCUGCAAGGACGAACGUGUCCUAAAGCAUGGGCGUUCACAAGAGUUCCCAGCUAUGAACUUAAUGCACCCAAUUCAAUAGAAGUUAGAAAUAUGUUUGGACGGCGCCAAUGCCAAGUUGAAUGUCUCCAGGAAACGCGGAUUGUUUGCAGAUCAGCUACUUAUUAUGGACGAGACCGGUUGUGUAAGUUGAGCCCAGAUACAAGACGCACCUUACCUCAACACUUCAGGCGAGCAGCCAGUGAUGUUGACUACAUUGAGAAUGAGUGUGCGCAGCAACCUCCCAGUUGUGAAUACACAAAUAUGCCAGGAAGAUAUCUACCAUACACGGACCGAUAUGUACCUCAAUCCUUUGAUGUAGCAGACUGCAAGAGACUGUGUGAUGAAGAGCGUGAAUUUAAGUGUCGGUCAUUCAAUUACAACACUGCGAGGAGGGACUGUUUCCUCAGCUCGGACGACACGUUUGCUGCUGACAAAACAGCGCUGCUUGCUGACAGAGAUUUCUUCUAUAGUGAGCAUGGGUCUUGCAGUAAUGUUCGAGUUGACUGCACACAGGCUGACAUGCUCAUCACAUUUCUGUUUGGAGCUCCUUUUGAGGGAAGAGUAUAUUCUACAGGAAACCCACAAGCGUGUUUUGAAAUGGGAAAUGGCCAACCACAGCUGGUCCUCCGUAUUCCAAUGGGUACGCAGUGCGGCACUGUUCACGUAGGGCCGAGGACGGUACGUGAACCACGUGGUGAUUCAGCAGAACCCAGUCAUUAUGCAAGAGACAGAUAAGACAGUUCGAGUGGAAUGCUCGUUUGAUGCAAGUGACCAGACGGUAUCAUAUGCACCCAGUGGCACACGUGACCAGGAAGGUGGCGGCAUCAGUGUUUCGGUGCCUUUCCGGCCAUCGGGGACGAACAUUGUGACGAACACUGCCCCAACUCCCAAUGUCCGUAUGCGUAUUGUGACGAGGAGCGGCCAGGAAGCUUCUGUGGUUGGCUUAGGAGAAGAGUUGCAACUGAAGAUUGAG